CUCUAAAUAUCGCUAUAUUAUAGCUUCCUGUGAUUGUGCUGGUAGGGCGGGUUGUGCUGACGUCAUGCGUGGGCGUGGUUGAGAAUGGGAGCGCGGGAAAUUGUGGAAGCAGAGGUUGGGGGCUGAAAUUUGCCGUAUGGAUCGAGGCCAUCGAGAGCGAUACGGCAUGAAGCGACCCAAGGUGUCCUGAUGGCCCCUAUUAAAAUCCAGCACGUCAUCUCCUUCACCUCGCAGGACCCCAAGCACCCGGUGGAAAACCUUCUGUGCGAGAGUUCGAUUCAACCUUGGCUGUGCUGCCCACGCGAGCGAAGCCGGCAGCUAACAGCGGUCCUGCAGCUUGAAAAGGCCUGCCAGAUUGGAUACAUCGAUAUAGGGAAUGGCGGGUCUGCUUUUGUGCAGAUUGAUGUGGGGCGCUCCAGCUGGUCCCCCGAGAAGGCGUUUGUAACGCUUCUCCCUACUGCCACGCUGAUGAGCCCUGCCGAUUCCAAGCUGGGGAAGAACCGCAAUGUUGUGAGAAUGUUUAAGGAAGGUGACUUUGUCAAAGAAGCAGCCAGUGAAAAGUGGGACAGACUUCGUAUCAUGUGUAGCCAGCCUUUCAACAAGCAGGACCCGUUUGGUCUGUCAUUUAUACGCCUUCGAUCUCCUCUGGAUGAACUGGAACUGGCCUUGCCUACUACUGGUUGUGAUAAUGUCGUUUCCCAAGAUAACGGCUCGCAGCUCCCUGGCGCAUUCCCAAGAGAUAUAACUAAAGAGAGGAAUGAGAAUAAAAUGAAUACAGAGGAAGAGAAAGUGAAGGGUAAGUUACAGCAGAUCCUUGCCGACAGUUCACCGCGAACAGAGCCGUUGACUCCUAUGAGCCGAAAAGCUAUGAUGGUCUUAUGUGCCGCUAAGUCACGCAAGCGCAGCUAUCCUACCCCUGCCGCAGACUCGCAGACGCAUCCAGACAAGUCGGAGAAAAGCAGCCAACAGCAAGCGCAGAAGAGUGACGGCCAGAGCCCGGUGCUUGAUGAACCUUGUCCAGACGCCUUUAGGACACGACCCGGUCAAUCACAGAAAGAGCGCGUGAAGCCAGGCAGCAGACAACGGCUGAGAAUGCACGCGCCGCCUGGAAGAUGCCGUGGCAAACCCCUUUCCCAAAAGAGAACUCCAACACGCAGUAGAGCAUGCGCACAUUCAUCGAGGGCACCCGGUUCUGAGUCUACACAGCAGCGCGGCAGCUGCCCGAUAUGCGGAGGUUAUUUCCGCCUUGACUACCUUCCUACUCAUGCCUCAACAUGCGGAGACGUUCCAACGCCGGGACAUGUUUCGCUGUCUUCUUCUGACGAUAGUUCCUCCUCUGAUGAUCACUUGGACUCCAUCCUUCCCGAGCAGACCGUUUCAUGGGUCACCUGUCCGUUGUGUGGCUUUCGUUUCGAAAGAUCAGAGAUUGAGCACCAUGCCAGCACGUGUGGGGAAUAAAAGUCAUUUGGAGCUUGUCCUGUAUGUGUACUACAUGUGCAUCAACGAGGCGGUGUAGAAAGAUUCGUACAGGGAAUGCCUGUAGCACCUCCGUCCUUCUAAGGACCGAAAUGUCAAGAAAGUGAAACUUUGAAAUAGGUGAUUUUAUUAUAGCUUUUUACUGUAAAAAUGAAAACAAGUUCAUGA